AUGGCGACAGACUCAAAAAAAACUGGUAAAGUCCUGCUCCUUCUAGAUAAUGCACCGUCACAUCCAUCCGCCGAAACUCUGAAUUCGAUCGAUCCGGACUUUCAAGUGAUGUAUCUCAAACCAAACGUCACAUCUCUAAUCCAACAUAUGGAUAAGGGAGUCAUCGAAAAAAUGAAACGAAUGUACCGGAAACAAGUUCUAAGACGACUUCUUUUGAACGAUGGCACUGAAGAUGGUGUCAUUGAAUUUUCCAAGUCAUUAAAUUUAAAGCAUUGUUGCUAUAUGAUAGCCGAUGCAUGGGACUCUUUGACUGAAGACAAUCUACGAAAUGCUUGGAAAAAAUUAUGGAUUCUUCCUAAAGUUACAGCAACAGCGCAAACAGGGGAAACAGCAGAAACAGCAGAAACAGUAGAAACAGAGCCGGAACCUGAAAAAGAGGCUGAAGAAGAACCUGAAAAAGAGAGGGAGAGUAACACAGAGAAAAGUGAUCUUGACGAAUUCGCUUCCUUAAUCGGCAAUAUUCCAGGAUUCGCGGAUUGUGAUAAAGAUGAUGUCGAAGACUGGUUAAACCACGACGCUAAUGAUCAAGGGUAUCAAAUUUUAGACGAUGAUGAAAUUGUUUCAUCAAUAAAAAAUCUUGACGACGAUCACGACAGCGACAGCAGUGACAAUGAAAGCUUGGGUGCACCGAAGAAACCGUCACAUGCGGAGGCAUUUAAUGCUUUUGAAACAGGUCUCGAAUGGUUCGAGAGUCAAGACGAAUGUUGCCCAACGCAACUACUUCUUCUCAAAAGGCUGCGAGACUUAGCAGCUCAAAAACGCGUUUCAUCUGUUCGCCAAUCAAAAAUUGACAGUUAUUUUAACAAAUUAUAA